CUCCCCGCCUCGGCCGCUGCCCGAAUCGGCGGCAGGAAGAUGGCGGCGCUCAUCCCGCUCAGCCAGCAGUUUUCUGCUGGGAUUCCACUGUAUGAAACUUAUUACAAACAGGUAGAUCCAACAUACACGGGAAGAGUUGGGGCAAGCGAAGCUGCGCUGUUUCUUAAGAAGUCUGGUCUGUCUGAUAUUGUCCUUGGAAAGAUAUGGGAUUUGGCUGAUCCAGAAGGUAAAGGGUACUUGGAUAAACAGGGCUUCUAUGUGGCAUUGCGCCUCGUAGCGUGCGCACAGAACGGCCAUGAGGUUAACCUGAGCAGCCUGAACUUGACUGUGCCACCUCCUAAAUUUCAUGACACCAGCAGUCCCUUGCUGAUCACCCCGCCUUCAACAGAGACUCACUGGGCUGUUAGGGUGGAAGAAAAAGCAAAGUUUGAUGGUAUUUUUGAAAGCCUUUUGCCAGUAAAUGGUUUACUUUCAGGAGACAAAGUAAAACCAGUUCUGAUGAAUUCAAAGCUACCUCUUGAUAUCCUAGGAAGGGUCUGGGAUCUCAGUGAUAUUGAUAAAGAUGGUCACUUGGACAAAGAUGAAUUCGCUGUGGCAAUGCAUUUGGUUUAUAGAGCUCUCGAGAAAGAGCCAGUUCCUUCACUGUUACCCCCUUCUCUCAUACCACCUUCUAAAAGAAAGAAGACACCUGUCUUUCCUGGUGCAGUUCCUGUUCUCCCUGCAAGUCCUCCUCCAAAAGACAGCCUGCGUUCUACCCCAUCUCAUGGUAGCGUAAACAGUCUGAACAGCACGGGGAGUUUGUCUCCCAAGCACGGCAUCAAACCAGCACAGCCAUCUGUGAAUUGGGUCGUGCCAAUGUCUGAGAAAGUGCGAUACGAUGACAUUUUCGUAAAAACAGACACAGAUAUGGAUGGUUUUGUGAGUGGCCAAGAAGUAAAGGACAUUUUUAUGCAUUCAGGUCUGUCUCAGAACCUCCUAGCACAUAUAUGGGCUUUGGCAGAUACAAGACAGAUAGGAAAGCUAAGCAAAGAUCAGUUUGCACUAGCAAUGUAUCUCAUUCAACAGAAGGUCAGUAAAGGGAUCGAUCCUCCACAAGUGUUGUCCCCAGAUAUGAUCCCUCCCACAGAGAGGAAUACGCCCAUACAGACUCUGUCAGGUUACUUGACUCCUGUAGGAACUGAAAUCUCAGCACUAACAGAAAUGCGUCGUGAUAGUUCAAGUUCUGUUGGAUCAGGAGAAUUUACAGGGGUGAAGGAGCUAGAUGAUAUUAGUCAAGAAAUUGCACAGCUGCAGAGGGAAAAAUAUUCUCUGGAGCAAGACAUUAGGGAAAAGGAGGACUCAAUUAGACAGAAAACGAAUGAAGUUCAGGAGCUGCAAAAUGAUUUAGACAGGGAGACAAGUAACUUGCAAGAGCUUGAGGCUCAGAAACAAGAUGCCCAGGACCGCCUGGAUGAAAUGGACCAACAGAAAGCCAAACUGAAGGAUAUGCUGAAUGAUGUAAGGCAGAAAUGCCAGGAGGAAACACAGGUGAUUUCAUCGCUGAAAAUGCAGAUUCAAUCUCAGGAAUCAGAUUUAAAAUCACAGGAAGAUGAUCUUAAUAGAGCAAAAGCAGAGCUGAAUCGCCUCCAGCAAGAAGAGACACAGUUAGAGCAGAGUAUCCAGGCUGGGAAAGUGCAGCUUGAAACAAUAAUCAAGUCUUUAAAAUCAACACAGGAAGAAAUAAACCAGGCAAGAAGUAAACUUUCUCAACUUCAGGAGAGCCAUCAAGAAGUCAGUAAGAGUAUAGAAGAAUAUAAUGGAGCUCUCAAUGGGGUUAAUGGUGGUAGCCUGACAAAUUUAGCAGACAUAAGUGAAGGCCUUGGGCAGACAGAAAGAAGCAAUUAUGGAGCAAUGGAUGACCCAUUCAAGAGUAAAGCCUUGAUGUUCACCAAUAACACGCAAGAAUUGCAUGCAGACCCAUUCCAGUCAGAGGAUCCUUUCAAAUCUGAUCCAUUUAAGGGAGCAGACCCUUUCAAAGGCAGUGACCCAUUCCAGCAUGAUCCUUUUGCAGAGCAGCCACCUGCUCCAGCAGAUCCUUUUGGAGGUGACCCAUUUAAGGAAAGUGAUCCAUUUCGUAGUUCUGCCCCUGAGGAUUUCUUCAAGAAGCAGGUGAAGAGUGACCCGUUCACAUCAGAUCCAUUCACAAAGCCCUCCACUUUACCCUCAAAGCCUGACCCUUUUGAAAGCAGUGAUCCUUUUACCUCUUCCAGUGUCUCUUCAAAAGGUCCAGAUCCAUUUGGAACAUUGGAUCCAUUUGGAAGUGGCGCUUUCAGUAAUGGCGAAGGAUUUGCAGACUUCAGUCAGAUGUCAAAGUCAGUAGCUUCAGACCCCUUCACCUCCUCGUUUGGAGGAAUGGGAUUCUCAGAUGACCCUUUCAAAAGCAAAUCAGACACACCAGCAUUACCACCGAAGAAAAAUGUCCCUCCACGACCCAAGCCACCCAGUGGUAAAAGCACUCCUGUCAGCCACCUUGGGUCUUCAGAUUUUCCCAAGCCCCAUGAUCCAUUCCAGCCAUUUGGGGCUGACAGCAGUGACCCGUUUCAGAGUAAAAAGGGGUUUGGGGACCCAUUUAGUGGAAAAGAUCCAUUUGCUCCCUCCUCUUCAAGUAAAACUUCUAAAGACUCUUCCUUGGGGUUUGCAGACUUCAGCUCUUUUGGAAAUGAAGAGCAGCAGCUGGCUUGGGCAAAGCGUGAGAGUGAAAAAGCAGAGCAAGAAAGACUGGCUCGGCUGCGGAGACAGGAGCAAGAAGACCUGGAGCUGGCCAUUGCGCUCAGUAAGGCCGACAUGCCGAGCUCGUAGGGCUGCUGCGCUCCUCCCUGGCCGAGGGGAACCUUUAAACGCGGCUUCAAAAGAUCCUCAACUCCUGUUCUGUUGUGAAAAUAAUUCUAGUCACUUCAACUCCAUACAGGACUGCCUGGUUCGAUGCAGCUGGGCUCUGCGCGGCUUUUCCAGGGCGUGAAAUGCAGGAAAUACUGUAUUAUAUGUUCUAGGUAAAAUUACUGCUUGUAAGGAACUUAACAGGAUCUUAAGAUACUGAAAACAAAGUUUCUUUGUCUUGAAGACAACGUUGCAUAUAGUAAACUGCACCUUGUGAAUCUGACUUAUUACCUGACUGGUUUUGGAGGCUGCAGUACAAAUUUCAAAGAAAAGGUGAUAAGAAGAUAUUUAUAGAAUUAGCUUUCACUUGCUGAGUUUAUUUAAUUAUUCCUGGUAGGCUGAUGAGCGCGUUAUCUAUGUCAACGUCUUCAGCACAAAUUCAUUAUUAGGUGGUCCCUUUUUAUCCCGGAUAUAUGGCCUUUCUGAAAGAAUCUGGCGAUUUAUAUAUAAUGGAUACCAAUAUAGAUAGUAUCAAGUGCUCCAAAUUUAAGAACUCUGUGAUUUAGGAGGUUUUCUUAUUUAAACACUUGUUUGCAUUGGAUUUUAAUUGUAGGUGACAUUGUAAAAGAUGGACUUAAUUGUUGUAGUAAGUUGGAGAAGUGAUGGGCUGGCAAUUGAGUGACCAGGUAAAAUCUUGCUUUAUCUCAUAUGCAGAUGUGAUUACGGACUGUGGUAAAGGUUUGAGUGCUUCUUUCAUAUAGAAUCAAACAACUGAAUGCUCAGCAAGCUCCAGCUGAGUUCUGCCCUGCAGCUCAUCGUAGGUUGGCUCCAUUUGCCAGAGCAAAUCUGCCAUCCCUCUGAUGUGUGUGAGAGCCUCUACCUCUGUUCCUUGAAUUCCACCUGUCUUAUUUAUGGGGUUACAGAUCAAAUAUUGCUUAGCUGUGAUAAGGCCAGGCUCAAACGGAUGUUACUUGCAACACAUUCAUGCAUAACUUGUGGAAGUCCUGUAGUCUGGAUUGGCUUUAAAGUGUGGCUGAGGUACUGAGUGCUUCCUCCUGGUAAGGGCAGCAAUGUAUUUUCUGUGUCUGAUUUAAAUAAGUCCUUACGAUAAAUCUGUGAAUUAUUUGCUUACUAAAAUGCCUUUUCUGGUCACCACAGGAAUUCUGAGGCUUCAGUUGUCUUCACCUUGGCCUCCAUGUCUAACAGUGCAGAAGGCAGGCGCUCGAUGCUCUUUGUUCUUCCUGAUGCAGCCUUUCUCUUGUAACGUUCUCUGGAAGAUGUGCUGUUCCUUCACCCUCAUUGGUGCAGUUACAUUUUUCUGCCCUCGCUUCCUUCCUUUCAUUUUUCCUAACACAAUGACAGUGCCUGCUUACUGAACGAAGGCAGUCUUUCCCCGUUCUGUUGUAACUGCCUUAUUCUGGAUGCUUUCCUUCACAGAGAUAAUCAGAUUGGAUUAUUAAUUAUUAAUCUUACUGGUGGUUCUGAGCGUUGGUUGUCUGAGGUGCGAAGGGCUGAGUGCAUGUUUGUGUGCAUCCACAACGUGCAGAUCCAUUCCCUUACACCUGCAGCAGUGCAUCAGACUGAAAGCCCAUCUUGGUGUGCAGAGUUGGCAGUCGCAGUGCUUUGUCUCCUGUGCUGCAAACUGAACCUUUAAUUUGCCUCAGGAAGGGAGACGAUGCUCUGCAGUACCAAAACAGCCACAGGACGACUUCAGUACUUCUUUGAGUGAACCCGUGUGAGCGCAGUGGGAUUUCUAAUCUUACAGAGUCUGAUUUGAGAUCCCUUCUCAUUUUUCUUUGUAGUAUAUCAGAUUAAAUGAUCAAACGUAUUAAAACAUCAAGGCAUCCUCUUUUCUGAUGGUUUACAGGACUUCAAGUCUCUGAAAGCGAACUUGGUCUGUCUGUAGCUAACAUGAGAUCAAACUUGCUGUGAAAGAAUAAUUUUCUUAAUUGAAUGACUGCAGUGUAGGAAUCUCAGUGAAGUUAAACAAAUUGUAUUCAUGAGUGAGAGUCUCCUUUUCAUUUUCUUUUGGGCAUGAGUCUUUGUAGUGUCUCUUCUGCUGUAAUAAAACCCUGUUUGUAUGCAGUGCCAUUACAGAAAGGAAAACCACUUUUGGAUACUCCUCGGAUGAUGUCACUCCAGUGGGACAGGGUGGAUGAGCCGAACAGCUUGAUUCAUUGUCUGUGUUAUGUACCAUAACGAGACUCUGCUGCUUUGUCAGUGCUCAGAAAUAUUGGCAUUUAUAAUGCUUCUCAGGCAGGGAUCGGUGUUUUCAAGUUGCUGAGCAGGAAGGCAGAAAUGUGAAUUAAUCUAGCAUUCCACACAGCAUUAGAACUAAUUGCUCAUUUUCCUGUUUCCUUAUGGACUCAUUCUUCAUAUUUGCUUCAAUAAGCAACAGAAGAUCUAGCAAAUUAGCAAGGACAGAAUGUGUCCCCCCUGCACUGUAAGAUCUUGUUGCCUUCACUUUACUGAAACGCUUUUUACACAAAAUUUGAGACACUGAAGUAGAGGAAAACAUAGCUGUGAUUUCUCCCUGUGGUGUAUUUAAUACAGUUUUCCACGUAGAAAAGAUGAUUUCCCACGUUCUUCCCUUUCGCCUGUAACUGAGCAUUUUGUAUCAUAACUGCACUUGAUUUGCUAAGCCAAAAGCUUUUAUGGCAAGACAUUGAUCUCAUUCUUCCUCCAGAACGGUGAAAUUUGAAGCACAAAUAGGCCUUUUGCUAUUUGGGCAGAUGCAACAAUGCAAGAUAAAUAAAAUGUGAGUAUACACAAUGCA